AUGGUUUUUAGAAAUAGUGAAGAAAGUUUAUUUUUAGAAAACAAAAUGAUUGAUAGAUGGAAACUUAAAGAAGUUGAUUUUUUAACAGCAACAUAUCCAGACAUUUAUGAUGUUCGCAUUCUUCAUUCAUCACAUCAACCACCAGCAAAAAGAAAUCCAUGUAAUCAUAAAAAUGGACAUUGUUCUCAUCUAUGCCUUCUUGCAAGCAAUUUAUCUAUUACCUGUGCUUGUUCUUAUGGAUGGAAACUAAACAAGGAUGGGAAAUCAUGCAGUGAAUAUAAUAGUUCAUUCAUUUACAUAAAAAAUGAAGAAAAAUAUGAAGUUAUAUAUUUUGUAGAAAAAGAAAAUUUAAAUCAUUUUAUUUAUCCUCCUGUAAAAGUGAAAUUGGAUCAUUCUGCAAAUAUAGUGUAUGAUCCAAAGAUUGAACAGUUCUUUUGGUCACAUAGAAAUCAUUUGAAAACAAUGCAAAGAGAUGGAAGACAGAUUGAAACAAUAUUGCAGUUGGCACAUAUGGAAAUAAAAUCAUUGGCAUUAGAUUUUAAUUCAAAUAAUAUUUAUAUGCUCAUCAGUUCAUCUUUAACAGAAGAAUAUUUUAUAUCAGUUUGUACUAAAACAGGAGCUUAUUUUUCUCAUCUUAUACAUUUAGAGAAUGUAAUUCCAUUAACUAUUGCUGUUGACUCACUUAACAGGUAA